AUGGCCCAGCAGAGAGCCCUGCCCCAGAGCAAGGAGACGCUGCUGCAAUCCUACAACAAGCGGCUCAAGGACGACAUCAAGUCCAUCAUGGACAACUUCACCGAGAUCAUCAAGACAGCCAAGAUCGAGGACGAGACGCAGGUGUCCCGGGCCACUCAAGGCGAGCAGGACAACUACGAGAUGCAUGUACGCGCUGCCAACAUCGUCCGAGCUGGCGAGUCCCUGAUGAAGCUGGUGUCCGACCUCAAGCAGUUCCUGAUCCUGAACGACUUCCCGUCGGUGAACGAGGCCAUCGACCAGCGCAGCCAGCAGCUCCGGGCGCUGCAGGACGAGUGCGACCGCAAGCUCACGGGGCUGCGGGACGAGGUCUCCAUCGACCUCUACGAGCUGGAGGAGGAGUACUACUCGUCCAGCUCCAGUCUCUGCGAAGCUAACGAUCUGCCUCUGUGCGAAGCUUACUGGAGGCUGGACCUCGACACAGACGCUGCCGAUGGCCUCACGGCCCCGCUGCGGGCCUCCCCAGAGCCCAGCGCUGGCCCCCUGCAGGCCGCCGCCGCCCACUCCCACGCUAGCGGGCCUGGCCCCACAGAGCACGCCUGA